AGUUGUUAUCUUUCUUUCCCUCUGCAGCCAUUCCCAGCGGAAGCUGAGAAAAUGACCCUCUCUUACUGCUGCCUUUGACAGAAAGGAGUAAGCGCAACAUGGAUCGGAACUGAAUUUGUUCCUUCACCUGACUCAAAACCCAGAGUCACAGGAGCAGUUUCGGUGUCAUAUUCCAACCGUCUAUCAGAGCAAUGCAGACAACGUUCUGAUUCUCAGUGCCUAGCAAGCCGUGAAAGUUAAAAUAAACUCGAUCCAGAUACAGCAUCUGCAGAAGAAACUUUGCAAUCAGACGAUUUAUCCUGCAGAAAUUUACGUGCAAGAAACACUAAUGAACUCUUGACAGAAGAGGUCAGUUCAAACAAAGAUUGGAGGUUUUUGGUGAAAACUGUAAAACUUCAGCCAUGGCAGAUCACUGUGCCAAUGUGUCACAAUGCAGUGACUUGAGUUUGACUGACCUUGGCUUGUCAUGGAAUCAGAGUUAUGAGUAUGAACAAUACAUGUCAUUGCCAGAUAUAAGAGGGCAGGAGGCUGCUGAUAAUACUUUCUACCAGGCCAGGAUUGUGAUAGGUGUGGCCUUUGUCUGCAUAAUGCUGGUCUGUGGCGUUGGCAAUUUCUUCUUCAUUGUGACCCUGGCCAGAUACAAGAAUCUGAGGAACAUCACCAAUCUCCUGAUAGUCAACCUGGCCAUCUCUGAUUUCAUUGUGGCCAUUGUGUGCUGUCCCUUCGAAAUGGAUUACUACGUGGUCAGAGGGCUGUCCUGGAGCUUUGGUCAUGUUCUAUGUUCCUCUGUGAACUACCUCAGAAUGGUGUCCCUCUAUGUCUCCACCAACGCGCUGCUGGUCAUUGCCGUCGACAGGUAUCUGGUCAUUGUGCACCCACUGAAACCUCGUAUGAAGUUUCAGACGGCCUACUGUGUUCUGAUUGCCGUAUGGUUAGUCUCCCUGUUCAUCUCCAUCCCCUCAGCAUACUUUACAACUGAAACAACCUUCGACACUUUCCUGGGAAGCAACGGGAAAAUAUUCUGUGGGCAGAUCUGGCCGGCAGACAAGAAACUCUUCUACAAGUCCUAUUUCUUGUUCCUCUUCAUCCUGGAGUUUGUUGUGCCUGUGCUGACUAUGUCCCUGUGCUACAUGCAGAUCUGCAGGGAGCUGUGGUUCAAAAGCAUGCCAGGUGUGCAAACCUACCAAAUUAAGAAGCGGCUUCGAGCACGGAGGAAGACCGUCCUGGUCCUUAUGGGUAUAUUGACCGCCUACAUCCUCUGCUGGGCUCCAUAUUAUGGAUACACCAUCGUCCGAGAUUUCUUUCCAAAUGUGCUCCUCAGAGUAAAGCAUUCCAUCACGGUGUACUACAUUGUAGAGUGCAUUGCAGUGAGCAACAGCAUGAUAAACACGCUGUUCUUCGUUACAGUAAAAAACAACACUUGCAAGUAUGUGAAGAAGAGCUUCCUUCAGCGCUGGAGGGCUGCCUACAUACCUGACAAAAGCACUGCCAUGCAAGAGUGCCAAACAUCAGUGCUGCCGGUGUCCGACGAACUGCCUCAGCAGCAAUAG